UGUAAGUUGGUCACACAUAUCGUGAAAAUUGCAAUUUGUUUUUAUGGGAAAUUGUCUGGUUUCUCACCAAAACCAUCAAAAUAAUGGCCGCCAAGCGAUUUGGUCCCAUGAAGGACUUUGCGCGGGCCAAGAAGCCGCGCCUGGACGUCAGCGUCACCCGCUCCUCGACCCGCCCCAGUCCUCCAAGGAGCAUAAUGGACUUUUGGGACGACGAUGACGAUGUUAUCCUAAUGGCCACCCAGCGGGCGGAGGCAGAAAUCGAGGCGGAGGAACGCAAGAGGCGGGCUGGGGAAGGAGAAGUGGAGGCACCAAACAAUACCCGCAGCGAGAUUACCUUUAGCGAAUUCGCACCAACGGUCCAGGGCUGCACCAGCACGCAGCAAAUGUUUCCGCCGCCACCGCCGCCCGCCAAGAAGUCCAACGCUCUGGACUUGGAGGAGAUAUUCGCGGACGACGAUGACUUCGACUUCCUGGCCGUCACUCUCAUGGAUAGCGAGCCCCCAAAGCCCGUGGAGCAAGUCCAGCCCAGCACCAGUUCUGGCAGCAGGAUAAGCAUUCAUCAGAAAUCCACAACGAGCACGACAACCAUAAAUUUCACGCAAUCGCGUCAGCAGGAGCACCAAAUCAAAUUCCUGAUGGACCGCAUUGAGGCCCUGAAGCGAGACAAGUCCAAGCUGGAGAAGGAUCUGGGGGACAGCAACGAACGCAAUGAGAUUAGGUCGGGGGAGGUAAGCCUGCUUCGCGACGAACUGAAGCAUCUGCGGCAGCAGCUGCAGGUCAGCAAAAUGGAGAAGCUCGCUUUGGCCGACGAAAAGAACAGGGAUUGCAAUAAGAAGGUGGCCGAGGCGGCCAAGCAAAUAGCUGCCAAGGAUAUUGAAUUGAAGAUUAAGAACGCCGAGUACAGCAAGCUGAAGACCCAGCAGCGGGCUCACGAGAAGAGCCUGAACAUGAGCAUGAACAUGAACAUGAACAUGAGCAUGGCUGCCAUUGUCCCACCCGAUGCCACCGAGCAGCGCACUCUCCUCCGACUCAACCGGCUUAAUAUACACAGAUCGGUGCCAAGAUUACGAAGAGCGGAUAGUGGCAUUGAUUUUGAGUAUGACGAGGUUCGAGAUCAGGAGCAAAGGCAAAAGAAGAGGUCCCUUUUCGAGACGGAACUCAAGCAGUUGCUGCUCCACUAUGCUCAGUUGCAGGCGCAACCGGAAUCGCUGGACCAUCUCAUUCCACGAAUCCUUUCCACUGUGGGCAAGGUGUUUCUAGAGUUCUCCUCUUAUGCUCAGAGCUUAAAGUUUCCGCCCAACUGCACGCUGUAUCCUUAUAAUCCAUACAAUUUGGACAUGGAACCGGAGGUUCAGCGCAUCUCCCUUACCCAGCGGGGUCAUCUGUUUGAAGGCGAAAGAGCUUCAGUCCUGCGAAGAUACAUAAGCACAUUGGCCUUGAUAGGCCGGCAGCACAAAGAGAUUUCCAGUGCUCUCCUUAAGUGGAAACAUAACGAAGAAUUUGGUUUACUGGAGCUGGCCACAGAGGCUGUGGUCAAACUGGGAUUUUGCAAUGAUCUAAGCGAGCAUUUUGGUUUGCUAGAGGCUCUGGCUGCCCUGCUAAAUAGCCUCCUCCUCCUGCUGGAGGAAGAGGAUUUAUUGAAAGAAAAGGAGGAGCCAAUGUUUGAACUGCUCAGACAGUUGGUGUUUACACGUCCCAGUCCCUGGGUUUUCAAGGAGCUAAGCUCAUGCUUGCUAAGUGCCAACCGACAGGCCCAGCUGAUGGCCAGGAUGUGUGUGAAAAGUCCUAGGAAUUGCUUUGUUUCGGAUCGCGUGCGUUCCAUUUAUCGCUUUGCACCGGAUUCCUGUUUAUUGCAAGUAUAUGCCGGCCUCCUGGAGCUGUGUUUCUUCAGUGAAACUCCUUUGAGGAGGGAUCACUUUCAGCUGCUGCUUGAGAUUGGCGGCAAUCAUGUGCGCUUUGCCUUUGAGUGCUUUAAGAAUCCUCCAGAUUUUAUACUGGAAAUGUUGCCAUACUUUGCGGACGACGAGGAUCAGGAGCAGGAUCAAACGACAACUUUGCAGGCUUCGGUGUCCAAUGGUUCCACCUCAGCUUCUGCCUCAAACUCCCAUCUGAAUGGCAACUCGAAUUCGAGCUCCUCGCAGCGCAGCAACAGCAGCAAGGUCAACGAGUGCGAGUGUUAUGUGAAGUUGUGCCUCAGCGCUGUCACAAUUGUCUUCCAGAUGAUGCACCAAUGGAUGCUGCACGAGAGGAAAGCAGGCACCGAAACGGUGGGCGAGAUAUCCCGCGUGGCCGUCCACCUGCUGAACCUCAUCUUCCAUGAGUACUAUUUGACCUGCCUGUUUCGCGAUUCCGAAGAAACCACUAAGCACUACCUCAGCCUCAUCUGCAGCUGGUGGCGUGAGCAUGCUGACAUUUUGGGUUUCCAGCCCAUUCAGUUGCGUUUGCUUGGCCGGCUAGAGACCUCCCACUUUAUGCUCAAGCCUCUGCAUCAGGAGGCAAAUCCCAAAAAUCCGGCCAACGAUCUGGCCGAAUGGAGUCGCAUUGUCAAGGAUGCGGACACCCAAAGGGCAAAUAAUUCAACACAAAUAUCGUACAAUAGUAAGCUACUCAACGGCGACUUCUUUGCCGGUCUUAAACAAGUGGAUUACACAUUUGAAUAAUUAGAUAUUAUCUAGUAUUAAUAAAUUGUCUGAUGCCAAGUGCUUGUCUGUGAUUUAAAAAAUUUGUGGAAAAAAAUAUAACUGCUGUUUUUUAAACAUAUUUUCAA